AUGCUUGUCCCUAACAAACAGUUGAGUCUUGGUCGCUCCCACAGUUGGGACACAUUAGGGGGGAAUGAGGGUCAGUGGGACAGGGCUGAGAGUGUCUACGAGCAGCAGGCAAGAGUAGCCGGCCGGCGGAGCUCUCUGUCAUACGCAGAGGGAGGAGGCUGGUACGAGCCUCCACCAGGAGUGCGUCCCCCUGACCUGGAUUUGAAACGCGAGUCAUAUUCCUACCAAGACUCUCCGUACGGACAGGUUUACUUAGACCGACAGGACCCACGGGGGCUUAGGAAGGGCUCUGUGCCUGAUCUAAACCAUUACGAACGAGCAUCCAUGGCUCACCGAGGAUCCAUUCCGCAUCAGGAUUACUAUUCCCACGACCCGGCCAUGACUCCUCGCCCGCCAGAAGGCUUUUACCGGCCAGAACACCAGCCUCCGCCGCACCACCCUCAUCCACUUAGUAGGUCAGGCUCUCAUUUUGGGAUAGCACCUGGGGCUCGUGGUGUGUGGGAUCAAGGUCAGGGAGGGAGAGCAGGACCACAAGCCCCUUCAUCGCCUCUACCUCCUCCUCCUCCUCCUCCAACUGCUCAUGAGUUGAAUCGGGCUUAUAGGGAACCUGGUGCUGUAACCGCUGCCAAAAUGACGCCAGAUGGCCAACAGCGCAUACCCUCUCGGGAGCCAUCUCCUGCUCACUAUGGUAUGGAGCAUGCAUCUCCCCGGUACGCCAGUGAGCCUCCACCUAUGACCGGUCAGUCGGUCUACAGUGAUAUUAAUAGUCGCCCACUGGAUGGGCAACAAGCUGCUACCUGUCUGGUAAUUGAUCCUGCCAGUCAGGGUAUGAUCAUGAGGCAAGAGACCGCCUCACCCUACACAAUCCAACAGCAGCAGCAACUACAACAGCAACAACAAAUACAGCAGCAACAAUUGCAACAGCAGCAACUGCAACAGCAACAAAUACAACAGCAGCAACUUCAACAACAACAAAUACAACAGCAGCAGCUACAGCAACAACAAAUACAGCAGCAACAACUUCAGCAGCAGCAAUUACAACAGCAACAACUUCAACACCAGCAGUUACAGCAACAGCAACUUCAGCAAGAACAGUUGCAGCUGCAACAGCAACAGCCUCUGCCACCUCCGCCUACUAUGCCCAUCUCUGACCCUAACCUCUCUAUGACGGCUCCACUUCCCGCUACACCUGCCCCAGUACAGACUGCCGCAGUUGCUCCUGCUGCACCUGCCCUUGUGCAGGCUGCCCCAACUCCAGUCCCUCCUCCUGCAACCACUCCACUUCCUGCUCCUCCUCCCCCCACUGCCCCACAGACGCCUUUACCUGUGGACCCCAAGAAGACAGUUGACCCUGAGUUCCUUGCCCUGCUGCGAAAUGAGGGCCUUUCAGAGAGCACCAUCUCCUCACUUACCCAUCAAGGAUUCGACUCCACCAGCAUGCUGGCUGUCAUGGAGGAGAAUGACGUCCGCACCGUUGCCCCCAACCUUGGCCAGGCUCGUGUACUGUCUCGCUUGGUCCACAACUGCAAGCGGCCCAUUGAGACUACACCAGCGCCCUCCCAACCUCAGACGCCCAUGCGUGGCCGCUCAAAUAGCUUUAGCCAUCGCUCAGACAUCUACCACCAACAGCAGCACCACCAUCCAACACACCCUCCACAGGCUUUGACCGUUGAAUCCCAAAUUAUACACCCACAGACUCCUGGGGCUAUGCAGACCAUCUCCCCAAGAAUGGGAGAAGUUAUGGGUAGGAGGCCCAGCAGUGCCCCUUCUCAGCACCUCCUGGAAGCCUCUGGAGGCUACCCAGGGCAACCACCUCGCUCCCCGGGGCCAUACGCUGGAGCACUUAUGCCUGUUCAGUCAAGACCCAUGUCAGCCUACUCCUCUGGGGUGGCGAUGUCAGGGAUGCCCAUGCAUGGUAUGCAGAUAAUGCCACAGCAAAUGACGGGGUCAAUGCCUGCCAUACCAGGGUCUAUGCAUUCCAUGCCGGGUAUGCCACAGCAGAUGCCUGUGUCUAUGCCAGCUUUACCACAGCCACCACAACAGGUACCAAAAGCAUACUCUACCAAUUACACAGUGCCCAUGGAGCUGAUGAAGAGGGACAGGAACUUACUGCCAUUGUCACCUAUGCACAGCCCUCACCCUAGUCCUCAGCUGAUGCGUAAGGGUGGCGGACCAGUACCAGACAAUGCUCUUGUCCCCGUUGGAGCACCAGGUCAAAGCCAAAGUGCCCUGGCUGCUAACCAGAAGCUAAGUCGGCGCACAGGUCCACCCGUCAUCGUGUCCACUAUGGCUUCUCCGGAUACAAGUAUUCGGCCCCAGAUUAUGAAUGGGCCUAUGCACCCGCGCCCCCUGGUGGCGCUGCUGGAUGGGCGCGACUGCACCGUGGAGAUGCCCAUCCUCAAAGAUCUUGCCACUGUGGCUUUCUGUGAUGCUCAGUCCACACAGGAGAUACAUGAAAAGGUGCUGAAUGAGGCAGUAGGGGCCAUGAUGUACCACACCAUCACCCUGACCAGAGAGGACUUGGAGAAGUUCAAGGCGCUGCGCAUCAUCAUCCGCAUUGGCAGCGGCUACGACAACAUCGACAUCAAGGCUGCCGGGGAUCUCGGCAUCGCAGUGUGUAAUAUUCCCUCAGCGGCUGUAGAAGAGACAGCAGACUCAACACUUUGUCAUAUUCUCAACCUGUACCGGCGAAACACCUGGCUGUACCAGGCUCUCCGGGAGGGCACGCGGGUCCAGAGCGUGGAGCAGAUCCGGGAGGUGGCAUCAGGGGCAGCCAGGAUCCGAGGAGAGACGCUUGGUCUCAUCGGAUUUGGUCGCUCAGGCCAGGCGGUGGCGAUGCGGGCCAAGGCGUUCGGUUUCAACGUAAUCUUCUACGACCCCUACCUCCAAGAUGGCUUGGAGCGCUCACUGGGCGUUCAGCGAGUCUAUACCCUCCAAGACCUGCUCUACCAGAGCGACUGUGUCUCCCUGCACUGCAACCUGAACGAACACAACCACCACCUCAUCAAUGACUUCACCAUCAAACAGAUGCGUCAAGGUGCUUUCCUGGUCAACUCUGCACGAGGAGGUCUGGUGGAUGAGAAAGCUUUGGCUCAGGCCCUGAAAGAAGGAAGGAUACGUGGAGCCGCCUUGGACGUCCACGAGUCUGAGCCUUUCAGUUUUUCCCAAGGUCCUCUGAAAGAUGCCCCUAACUUGAUCUGUACACCCCACACCGCCUGGUACAGCGAGCAGGCAUCACUGGAGAUGAGAGAGGCCGCCGCCACAGAAAUCCGCAGAGCCAUCACUGGCCGUAUUCCUGACAGCCUCCGAAACUGCGUCAACAAAGAGUUCUUUGUUACCUCGGCACCCUGGGGAAUGAUGGAGCAGCAGCAGCAGCCUCAAGUUCACCCUGAGAUCAAUGGUGCCGCCUACAGAUUCCCUCCUGGUGUGGUGGGUGUCGCCCCCGGUGGGAUUCCCGGGCCGAUGGAGGGGUUGGUGCCAGGGGGAGUGCCCAUUGCCCACACCCUGCCCCCCGGUACCCAUCCGUCACAGGCCACCUCCCCCAACCAACUCUCCAAACAUGGUGACCCCAUGAGAGAGCACAUGACUGAGCCGUAGGACUGCUGCUGUAACCGAGCAGGGGGCUAAAACCGAUGUAAACAAACAAACAAACAAACAAACA